AUGGAGCUUAAGCCUAUAACCGGUUUUUAUAGCGCAUGUGAUCAAGGUCCAGUCAUUAUAAAGGGGAAUAAAAAAGGAAAAUACGUUCUUCUUUACAAAGGCUAUAAGUACACAAGACGCACAAAAUCAAAGAAAGGAAUAGUUUGGAAGUGUAUUGCGAGUAAAUCUGAUGAAUGUAAUGCAUCUCUGACAACUGAUCCAAAUCUAAACGUCGUUUUUAAAAAAGGAAGCCAUUUGCAUGAGAAACCAGAGGUGGAGUCGAAGCCAAAACAUGUUUAUUUCAUGGCACCU